AUGGACACACAAGGGGCGAAGAAAAGACUGUAUGGGAAAUGGCAUGUAGUUUGCCGUUUUGCGCUGUUCACUUGUUUCUUGGAUGCAGUCCGGGGACAGCUUCGCUACUCAAUCCCUGAGGAACUGGAACAUGGAGCGUUUGUUGGCAAUAUUGCAGAGGACCUGGGCUUGGAUUUGGACAAGCUCUCUGCGCGCAGAUUCCGGAUAGUCUCAGGUGCCAAGAAGCAAUAUGUGGAGGUAAAUUUAGAAAAUGGAGUUUUAUUUGUCAAUGAAAGAAUUGAUCGUGAAGAACUAUGCGAGCAGAGUUUGUCCUGUUAUUUUCACUUGCAAGUGGUCAUAGAAAACCCUCUGGAGCUGUACAGGGUGGAGAUGGAAAUUCUGGACGUGAACGAUAACUCUCCUAGUUUCCCGUGGAGCGAGUUUAAUCUGGACAUAUCGGAGUCCGCUGCGCCAGGAUCCCGUUUCCCACUUGAGAGCGCACAGGACUUAGACGUCGGAUCCAACUCACUCCGCACCUAUUUGUUAAGUGUAAAUGAGCAUUUCCUUUUGGAUAUACAGACGCGCAGUGAUGGCAGCAAAUUUGCAGAACUAGUCCUACAAAACCAACUGGACAGAGAGCAGCAGAGUACACACCAAAUGGUCCUAACGGCGGUGGAUGGAGGCGCGCCGGAGAGAUCCGGCACUGCGCAAAUUGAUAUCACCGUUUUGGAUGCAAAUGAUAACGCGCCUGUGUUUGAUCAGUCGUUUUACAGAGUGAGGCUUGCUGAAAACGCACCUAAAGGAACAGUUGUCAUAAAACUCAAUGCGUCCGAUUUAGAUGAGGGUCCCAAUGCUGACAUCACCUACUCAUUCAGUGGCCACGCUCCCAUCAAAGUGCGCCAGCUCUUCAGCGUAGACUCGCGCACGGGGGAAAUCAAAGUCAAAGGAGUGAUAGACUAUGAAAAAGCCAGGAUGCAUGAAAUUUAUGUUCAGGCUAAAGACAAAGGCCCCUCCGCUGUAGCAGUUCACUGUAAAGUGCUGGUGAACGUUUUGGAUAAAAACGACAACAUCCCAGAGGUGAUCCUGACAUCAGUGUCUACACCUGUGCAGGAGGACGCGCCCCCGGGAACGGUGAUAGCCGUCAUCAGCGUAAUGGACAAAGACUCAGGUGAAAACGGGAAUGUGGACUGUGAGAUCCCCCAUCACGUCCCAUUCCAGCUCCACUCAUCAUUUAAGAACUACUAUACAUUAGUUACUUGUGAUUUUCUGGACAGAGAGGCAGUCGCAGAAUACAACAUCACCCUUACCGCCCGAGACAUGGGCUCCCCACCUUUAUUCACUAGGAAAACUAUUUUGGUCCAAGUGUCUGAUGUGAAUGAUAACGCGCCUCACUUCAAACAGCCUUCCUAUACUGUGUAUUUGACUGAGAAUAAUGCGCCGGGAGCAUCCAUUUGCUCGGUUACUGCACUGGAUCCAGAUUCUGGUCAAAAUGCAUAUCUCUCCUAUUCAUUACUGGACGGUGACAUACAGGGAAUGCCCGUGUCCACAUACGUGUCCAUAAACUCGGACAACGGGAACAUUUACGCGCUGCGAUCCUUUGACCACGAACAGCUUAAAAACUUUCAGAUCACAGUUCAAGCUCAAGACGCCGGUUUCCCGCCUCUGAACAACAACGUUUCAGUGAACAUAUUCAUUUUGGACCAAAACGACAAUGCGCCUGUAAUUGUGUCACCAGUUCCGCAAAACGGCACAGCACCUAGCGAACCAGUGCCCAGAUCAGUGGAUGCCGGCUACCUUGUCGCCAGAAUCAGCGCGGUUGACGCAGACGCAGGUCAAAACUCGCGUCUUUUUUAUCAGUUGCUCCAAGCAACAGACCCGAGCUUGUUCAGCAUUGCCCUGUACACAGGCGAAAUCAGGACAAUACGCCACUUGGUGGAGAAAGACCCCACGAGGCACAGAUUGGUCAUUCUUGUGAAGGACAAUGGUCAGCCACCCCUCUCGGCCACUGUUUCCAUCAUUCUGUCAGUGGUUGACAGCCUGCCAGAUUCGCAGCCCGAUUUGGGUGACCUGUCACUAAGCCCGCAUCACAGCUCCAACUUCACCCUGUACUUAAUCGUGUCUCUGGGCGCAAUCUCCUUCACAUUUCUUGUGGCUAUUAUUGUCCUGGUUGCAGUGCGGAGACUGAAGGGCAGAGCGUCCAGCGGAGAGUCCAACUUCCCCACCAUUAUCGGGUGUUGUUGUUGCUGCUGCUCCCGCUCAGAAGCCUCCAACAGCACAGAGGUGUUCAAAAAGUCCAACUUAAACGUGUGUAUGUCCACAGGCGCGUCCGGCUGCGCAGAGGCAACAAACAGCAACGGCACACUUCCUCAGGUCUAUUGCUACAAAAUGUGUCUGACACCGGAAUCGUCUAAAAGUGACUUCAUGUUCCUAAAGCCUUGCAGUCCUGUAAUGUCAGUUCAGCAGAAUAACGCCAAGAGCACAGAUUACCUCACUUCUGGCUGGAGCGCACUGGACCGUAACGAGCUGGCCAACAACAGAGCAGCAACCCCAAACGAGCUUAAGUAUUCAAACAAGGACUGGACCUGGACCAAGAACCAACGCAACUUAGCAUACAAGAGGUAUAGCUCAGCAAAUAUGGAAGGCACUCUUACUCGUCAACAAAAAUAUGAAGCCCAUGGGUUUUCCUGCUCUGUGGCACCACAGUACUGGACCUGGGGAAACCAUAUGAAUGACUGCAAGAUUUCUUUUCAAGAGGGAGAAGUUCCUCACUACUCAUGGACUCCAAAGUACACUCAGCCUCAUUCUAAGGCACCAGACUACCAGCACAAUGUGUACAUACCUGGCACCACGUCUGACUACAGCACUCUGAAGCUGGCACCCAGAGGAGAACUGGAUGUGUACAACACUUUCUCUACGUUUGGGAAAAAAAAGAGAUUCACGUCAAACUAUGAACAAUCGUUUGACAAUGAUGAUGGUCUCAUCGUAAGUAAUGACAUGUUCAAAUGAUACAUCAACUAUACUGUAUAUUUUGUGUAUAAUAUAUGCCAUUAACUAGUUCCAUUAAACACUAUAAUUUGCUUCUUGGAGGCUGACAGACUAUAUUUCCCCUUGUUUCCAGUGGGAUUAAAUAACACUCCGUACCAUAAGUAUAUUUUUAUUUUUUGUAAAUACUGAAAUGAAGUAAAGUAUAUUUUGAGUCAUGGUAGAAUCAAGUGAUGACUUUCUCCAUCAUGAAGUUGUAUUGUAUAAAGGCAGUAAACUGGAGCACACAGAGAAGGCUUUUCGUUUGCAGCAGCAGUGAGCUCAGGUAAAUGUGAUUUGAUCUGUUUGGAGGCUGCAGAGUUAAUGUCUAACUUCAAAAAAGUGUUCACAAUGUCAGCAGCUUACAGUCUAUUACACAAGGGGUGUCCAUGUACCUUGUACUUACUUUUAUGUAGACACACAUUUUUUUGUCUUAUAGGGACACAUGUUGUGUGUCAAAGUUGUGAACCAACUAACUGUACUAGCCAGAGAGUUUAUACUUGCAUUACUGCUACAACAAUCUUUGUGGGCAUCAGUUUUCACAAAUGCUGUAAAUCUUGGUUGGAUAAUGACGCAGUGCCACAGUUACAGUUUUAGUGUCUUAAGUUCAAAGUCUUUCAUCCAAUCCUGCCUGGUGCAUUUAGUGACAGGACAUUUGUUCACAAGUCUGAAUGCAGUCCAGGCACAAUGCACAAGCAAUGCCAAUAGAUGGUAAAGGUAAUACAACAGAAAAGAGACCCAAUGGCAAAUGCACCAGAUUUCCAAUUAUGACAUUGAAAUGAAUGUAACCAUACAACACGUCCUUCAACCAGGGUUCAUCAAGGAAUUGUGUUACAAGGAAUAGCAUCACAGCUGUGAUUUUACUCACUGGGCCUGUGCAGUAGACCGUUACACUGACACAACCACAUCCAAUUGCCUGUUGGACCACUCAGAUUGUUUGAUCACAAGCAACUGCGGACACAAAGCAGUCACUGGUUAUAUGCAUUCCAAAUUUGUAUUUAUCAUUGAGUGUGAUUACACAGGUAUGCUUAGUUAGACUAAUUACUCUGUAUAUAGUCUAUAUACAGUAUAUAUAUUAAUAUCAAUAAAUCUGUCCUCAACUCUG